CUCCGUCACUAGUUGCAUGCUGUGUGUGUGCUGAUCUGGAGAGGGCAGUGCAGAGAGUGUGUGUGUGUAUUUAAAUGAGUGUAUAUGAGUGUGUGUGUGUGUAUAUGAGAGUACUGAAUGUAGUUUAGCCUUAGCUUUAGCCUCUGCCGGGCUCUGAGCUCCUCUCCUGGGUCUCACUGAGUUUCUCUCCAGGGUCCGCGGCGGCUCUCCAGACCCGCGGUUGAUCGUUUCAGCGGCGGGAGGACCUUCAGGCCGGGCCCGGGUGAUGGGAGCGAAUCUGCGGAUCCGCGCGGUGUGAAGUCUUGGCUGUGUGAUUCUGCCGGAGUCGCCAUGGAGCCGGACGUGAUCCGCAUGUAUUCCUCCUCCCCUCCUCCCAUGGAGGACGGCGGCGAGGAGGACGAGGACGAGUUCAGCGACUUCACCGGCGUCCCCAACAGCGUCAGCUUCACGGAGUUCGAUACCCCGACUACGUUCAAUCAGCUGCAGGCCUUGAACGCCACGUCGCCACCGGAGCUGAUCACCAACGGACGAAUCGUUGGAAUUCACGGACCUUCAGGGACCGCAAAGUCCAACGGUGCGCUUCCAAGCAAUGGCCAGGGCGAUGUACCUGCUUGUAGGACAAUUAGCGCGGAGGAGAUCCGAAAGGUUACGGAGCAUCCUCGCGCAACGUACGCAAACUUGCGUUCGGACGUUUCCGAGAACGACUGGACUGGUAGCAAUGCUGUUGACUGUAAUGGGGGUGGGGUGGGGGUGGAAACCCUGACGAAUGGCUUUGCAACUUUUGACACAGAGGGAGUAAAUUCCUCAUGUAAAAAACACAGGGAAACUGAAGGUCCCUCAGUGGAUUACAGUCCUGACGCUGUUCUCAACGACAAUGACAUUGACAAUGACAAUGAUGACGAUUUUGCGGACUUCUCCGCUUUCUCAAAUGCUGACAUUUCAAGUGGAGGUGCAGACUGGGAGCAUUCGAAUCACAACGAGAGACCAGCAGAGAACCACGAUAAUCAGCCACAGAGUGACGGAGGUCAAGGGACUAGCGUAGGUAGCAGCCUAGCGGUGGACAAUGACAAGGACGCUUGUGUUACAGGGUUUGCCUCACUAGCGUUGACUGAGGAGGCUUCUGAUGGCCUUAGCAAUGGAGACUGGGGUUUCCAUGCAGGGGCUAGUUUUGAACAAAGGGAUUUGGAAACUGACAACGCACAUCAAAACUCUACGAAGAAUAAUGAACUCAUUGAGCCACCAUUGGCUCAAAAUGGUGUCAUAGUUCAGAACGGCUUGGAAGUGAAGGACAAGGUGAACAAUGGGGUGUCGCCUCUCUCGGAAGAUGAACGAGGUAGCAGCAGCAGCGAGCCCACGGAAGAAAAGGGGUCUGGGAACGACACGGAAACGGAGACGGAAACAGAGACCUCUUUCGGUCGACCGCUGUCAACGGAUGCACUUGAGGAAUUCGGAGAUUUCAGCACAACGGGAUCCGUUCCAUCUCCUCCGCUCCAGGAAGAGACGGCAACUCCUGCUGAUCACAGCCAACUAGCUGAGGACGAUGACGACGAGGACUUCGGCGAUUUCAGCGACUUUGGAGAAGCCGGCGCUUUUGGCGGCGCAGGCUUUGCUGAUUUCGACGCCCAACAGGGCGUACCUUCGGAAUCAGCUCCUGAAGCCAAAGGAGAAGCCGCUUGCCCUGGAAAAGACGAAGAGUUUGGUGAUUUUGAUUCUCCAAAAGAUGCGUCCACACUCUGCGAAAAUGAGGACGGCAAGAAAUGCGAAAAUUCUGAUCUUCAGACUGAAUUCCCUGGUAGCGACAGUUUUGCAGACUUCAGUUCGGCUCCUGUUGAAGGUGACGGUUGGCGGGCGUUCAACGAGCCAGACUCGAAUCAGAAUGCAUCUGGGGAAUCUUGGGCUGCAUUUGGCGAAGACCAGAGCUCAGCCUUUUCAGAAAAGCUUGACGACGUUCCGCAACCAGCUAGUGUACCACAGCCCCCUAGUGGCAGCAGAGAGCACAGCAGGAAAGACAGCUUAACAGCCUCUCUGGUCACCCGGCUGGAGAAGCUUUUCCUGGUCAGUUUUCCAGAGGCUCCUGUUGCUCCGGUCGGGGAGGAGGUUCCUUCACUCAAAGCUUUCCUCCAGCCUUCAGACAAAUCAGAACAUCAGGAGGAGGAUCGAGCACCAGCCAGCGGAGUGCUGCAGGAUGUGUGGCGGCAGCUGCAGGACAUCCACAACGCCUUCGGCCUCCGGCAUCAGUGGGGCGGAUCUCACAGCAACAAAACGCUGCUGUGUUCGCUGGGGAUCGACACCAGGAAUAUACUGUUCACAGGUCAGAAGAAGCAGCCUGUGAUAGUGCCCAUGUACGCCGCCAGCCUGGGGAUGCUGGAGCCCACUAAAGAGCCGGUGAAACCGGUCUCAGCAGCUGAGAUGAUCGCCUCUAUAGCACAGUCUCCCUCCGUCUCUGCAGAUCUCAACACCUGUCCCUCUGACACGGUGCAGGAGUCCCUCCCCCCAGUGCAGUUUGAUUGGAGCAGCAGUGGCCUUACGAAUCCUCUGGAUGCGAGCGGAGGCUCGUCUCUGCUGAAUCUGGAUUUUUUUGGCCCGGUGGACGAGUCGCCCUCCAGCUCCACCACCUCCAUACCAGGAGUGGACCCGGAGCUGUAUGAGCUGACGCAGGCGAAGUUGGAGGUGAGCGGCGGGAGCAGCAGAGUCGCGGACGCUUUCGCUCGGCUCAUGUCUACAGUAGAGAAAACCAACACCUCCACCAGGAAGCUGCAGGGGCGUAAGGAGGAGAACCUGAGUGAAGAGGCUCGUCGGGUCAUCGCCGGACUCCCUGAUCUGUCCUUCAUGCAGGCUAAAGUGCUGAUGUUUCCCUCCACCCUCACUCCUCUCCCUCCUUCAUCCUCCUCUUCAUCCCCCUCUCCUGUCCCUGACUGAUCCCGCCCCUCCUCCCCCUCUACCUCUCCUCUCCCUGAAACCCACUCCUCUUCUCGCGCUUUUUUAAUCUUUUCUUUCUUUUCUUUUCUUUCUUUUCUGUACGAUUUUACUACUCCAGCUUUGUUUCUGCUCGUUUUUCAUUAGUUUUCUGUGUUUCUGUCUUCCGUCUAUUCUGUUCUUUUUAUUUCCUUUUUCUUUUCUUUUGCUGUGCUCCUUUGCGUGUCUGAUCAUCGUUUUAAAGAAGAAUGAAGGAACGUUUGGUUCAAAUCGACAGAAGGGCAGAAGAAACUUUUUAUUUAUAGACUUGCUUUAUAUAGAUUCUCCAGUUCUGUUGAUAUUAGAGGUGUAAUAUGUAUAUAAUCAGGGAUAAGACUUUUUUUUUUCUUUUCUUCUCUUUUUAUUUUUUAUUUUCUUUUUUUCCUGCUUUAUAGAUUCCUGUAAAAUGCGUAAAAAAUGCUCUUUUAUGAGUGUGUAUGAUAUGUUUGAAUGAAUGUGUAUGUAUGUAUGUAUAUGUAUGUAUGUGAGUGAGUGACUGGAAGCGUAUAUAUGUACGUGUGUGUGUGUGUGUUAAAUAUCUUUUUUGAUGAGGAAACACUGGUUCAGAAGUCCUUCAACGAAGGCAAAACAAAAAAAAAAGUGAAGUGAAAUCAUGCAGUCACGCGUAUAUAAAUAUAUGUAUACAUUUAUAUAUAUAAAUACAUAUAUAUAAAUAUAUUCUAUAUAAAAUAAUUGUAAUGACUUGAAACCAUACUGCCUGCAAAAUUCUGCUGGGUAAUUGUUUUUUUUUUGUUUUUUUCUUUUUUUUGGUUAUAUGUAUAAAAAAGGCCUUAGUUUUUAACGAUUUUGGUUAAUAGUUUUGGUUAAUAUAUAUUUACAAUAAUUAUUGGGUAGUUUUUUUUUUUUUCUUUUUAUUUCACCUUUUGUCUGUCUCUUAACAAACGCAUAAUUGUUAUUAUAUGUCUUAUAAAUGUCGUCUUUUUUUUCUUUCCUUUUUCUUUUGUAGUUUAAAGGAGAACUCUGAUGUGAAAUGGACUUUGGGUGUAUUUGUUAAAACCUGUUUUUAAAAAGUACUUACCUAUUGUUGAAUAGCUCUCCUCUGCUUUCCUGCAGCUUUCUGAGGUCCAGUAUUUUCUGCACUUUGCCCAAACAGGCUUUUAAACUGGGUUUUAAUGGGGCAUAUUUUGCCCCUGCAGAUAAAUCGCUUUUUACACUGUUAUUCAGAAGCUGAAAGUAGGUUUGCACACUUCAUUGCUAGAAUCCGGAGAGCCCUGACUUUAAACCUGCACAUGAAGCUUAUUAAAAUCCACUGUUUAAAUCCCAUAGAAUAGAAUCAAAAGCUUUUUAAGCAAAGUUUAUGUCAUUUGUUGUUUGUGGUUCUAUGCAUUCUAAUAUUGACCUUAACCAAAAUAAUUUUCAGCAACAGCAGGAAUUUAUGCGUUUUCUAUAGAAAUUAAUUCUGCAAUCUGCUCAGCUAUCCUACCUAUUUGUUCUAGUACUCGACGGUUUACUUCUUGAAUCUUAUUGUGACCUUAAAUUAAAGAUUGUGGCGCCUGGAGAUUUACCUAUGCUAUGGGAUUUAAACAGUGGUUUUUAUUAAACUUCUAAUGCAGUUUUAAAGCUCUAAAAGCCUCGUUUUAAAUGUCUGGGCUUUCCAGAUUCUAACAAUGAGGAGUGGAGCUGCUUUGAGCUUCUGAAUAACGAUGGAAAAAGCAAUUUAUCUACAGGCGCAAAAUAUGCCCCAUUAAAACCCAGUUUAAAAGCCUGUUUGGGUAAAUUGCUCAAAUUACUGGAUCUCAGAAAGCUGCUGGAGAGCGGAGGAGAGUGAUUAAACAAAUAAGUACUUUUUAAAAUCAUGUUUUAAUAAAUACACCCAAAGUCCAUUUCACACCGGAGUUCUCCUUUAAUAGGGUUUAAUAAAUGUAAUAUUUUUUUUGACGUACGCAGCACUAUUCCCUUAUUAUUCCCUCACUCAUAGAUGAAGCCUAUCUACCACUAGCAAAUAAUUUUUUUUUUAUUAACACACAGCUGCUGUCUGUUUCCUGCUGGAAUUGAUUAGUUUUUUUGAUUUUGUGUUUAUUAUAAUGGUUAUUUUAUGUUUUAAACAUGGAGGGACGCUUUUAAAAAGUUGAACCACUGACUCUGUAAACUGUAAUGUGAUCCACUUGAUGAUGAAGGAAUCGUUUUACUGGUUAAGAAAGUAAAUCAUGGUUGACUUGAACUACUUAGCGAAUAAGGGACCAAUACAUGCGUUUAUAUAUAUAUAUAAAUAUAUAUAUCUGUGGCUGUUUAAUUCAACCCUGUUUAUUGAAGUGCUUAAAUAUUAAGGUCUGGUUUUUAUUUUUGACACAUCAUGCUGAGUCGCUUUGUUUCAGCAGGAGGACAUUUUAAUUUUUUCCUUCUUCCUUCUUCAGUUUCGUGCAUUGCUAAAAUAGGCCACGCCAAGCAUCGUGGGAAAUGUAGUCCAGAAACUGUCCAUUUUGGAGGCUACUGGAGAAGCUAAUUAUUAUUAUUUUUAUUUUUUUUUUUUUUGUCUUAUUUGCUUUAUUUUUCUGAUUUUUCCUCUCUUUAUUUCGGGUUCACCACUGUGUGUCGUUCUGUCUGUCUCUCCGUGAGGAAUUUUGCACAUUGUAAAGAUAUAAUGAAAGUACUACUUAACGACAUAGUUGACUGUGGCUUCUGACUGUGUACAGUGAGACUAUGGAAAAUGUAAAAAGAACAGCGACAACAACAAAAAAAAAUUGUUACGGGAAAAUUCCUAUGGAAAACUGAAAAAUCUUACCGAUGGAAGAAAGCCCCUUCCUGUCCCCAUCUCCCUCCAUCCCCCCAACCCUCCCCCAGGUUGAAAUGAGCAUGUCCGGGCUCUUUUUGACGGAAAACUUUAAGUGUGUAAAUUUUCUUUUAGUGUACACAAGACAUUAAAGUAAUUUAAGAGAA